AUGGCGACCAACAAGAACAUUGCAAGAUUCGACAUUGACUACCGCCAAUCCAGCGUCUCGAACUUCCGAUUUACAACCACGACGCUCGACAGUGUGGUUGUGGAGAACUGCGACUGGCAGGAUGUCACCUUCACAGGAUGCAAUCUGCAACAUGUCGUGUUCAGAAACAUCACCCUCCGGAACGCACAUUUCGCCGAUGUGGAUUUGCGAAAUGUCACCAUGAGGGCCACUGAUUUGCGAGAUGUGGCUUGGUCGAGACAUCAUCUGGCGAACGCCGUCCUCUCCGCGGACUCAUUCAAGACCACGCCGUCGAGGGAGAUAGUGGAGGUCUUGAUCCUCGAUGCGCGGCGGAGAUCGCGGACAAGAGGGGGACAAAUCGGCGGCAACAGCACCGUGGCAGCUCAGGGAGGUCAUCUGCAUGGCCGGCCGGGAUUGAGGACCAUGAGACUAGCCACUGCACCUAGGAAAGGGCUUAUGGGCCUGCCUGAUAGCUUGCUGCUCAAAAUCGCCGGGUAUCUUCUUCGACCAGACAGCCCCAUCAACAUCAUCGACUGUCCGCCUCUAAUGGGCCCAAGACUUUCGAAGACCAAGGGCAGCCAGACCCACUAUAGCCUCCCGGACAGACCGAGCCCAGUAACGUACAUCACGGAUGUAGCAAGACUUGGCCUAUCCCCCUCAUUCCUGCGCGUGAAUCGCAGGCUCUACAUGGUAGGGACUCCUGUGCUGUACGGCAGGCGAUUCCGCUUCAGGAAGAGUCUUCAGUCCUGUCUGGCGUUUCUGCAUGAUCAUAGGAAGUGGCAGCAUGCGAUUAAGCGUCUUACGCUUGUACAUCCAGGGAUCGAGGAGGAGAAUGGUAGGGUGUUCAAGGAGCUCGUCGAUGUCCUGCUCUAUACGCAACCUGAGCUCCGCGAUGUUACGGUACCUGGCGACUAUCCCGUCCUUCCUCAAGAUCUGGCACGGCUGCCGUUGAAACAUGGCGGACACGACUUGUCCGUCAUAUUCUACAUCAACGGAUUCGAGGCGAACAUCGGACGCACAUUCUUCCAGCGUGCUGUGCGAUCUGAGUUCUUAGCGCUGAGGCAGCUCCAACCGCCUUCACACCCAAGCACCAGAUAUCCACGGUGCCAGCAGAGUCGGCUGGAGAAGUGCCAAUGCAAGAGGGCAGGCGAAACGCAAACCCUGCGCGAGAUACCCAACCUGCUCGACUUGCCGGAGAAGGCGCUCAAGCGCAUCGUGCACUUUCUUUUCCCCGUCGAUCAGCUCCGCAUUAUGGAGAAACCGGGAUAUGUGUCCCUCUCACCGGACAGCAAUCAAACCACCUACUACCGCAAACGAGUCCAUUGUCAGACGACGUACAUUGCUUGGGACCGGAAGCUUGAGGAGAAGGAAUUUCUAGUCCAGCGAGUGCCGCUUCCCAAACCGGGCGUUUACGUGUCGUUCCUGCGCGUCAGUCGCAGCUGCUAUAAACUCGGGAUCCCAUACCUCUACUCGCGAGGACUGCAAUUCGACUCGAACCCGGCGACAUGUCUCUCGUUCCUGCACGAUCACCAGAAGAGGGAACAUAGCAUCAAGCACAUCACCGUCCUUCUGGACAGAGGAAGCAGCUGCCAAUCCUGGCGCCGAUUGUUCAAUGCCUUCGUUCACAGGAGAUCGGAUCUGCGCUCGCUGACCGUCAAGCCCGGCGACGAGUUCUGGGACACAUCUCCAUGGCAAUGGCAAGCUCCGGAUGCUCGCCGCAAAGACACAGACGCCGGCGUCAAGAUGUCUUGGAGUGGAAAGGCUGGUGUAAGAGCCGUGGCUUCACGGACUGCUGUAGCGAGCGGAAUUUCUUGGGUCAUAUUGCUCGUUUGCCGCUGA